AUGUCACGGUGCUAUCCUUACCUGAGGAACGGCGAGGCCGUGAGCGAAACCAUUCAGACGGACUUGAAUAAACCAUUAACUGAUAAACUGAAGAGGAAGAAGGACAAAAAAGAGAAGAGAUCUAAGAUACAACACAAGAAAUCCACUUCUUUGAGCAAACUGGAGAAGCGGAACGAUGAUGACGAACCUGAAAGAAGUGGCUUGACUGAGGAACAUGGGCGACCUAUCUGUCAUCAGAGUCUUUCAUCAGAUAGUACUACUCGGAGCCUCAAGAAGAGAAAAAGUGACGACCUCGUGCAUUCUGCUUCUAUUGCCACCCAAAAUAAUGGGAAUGUCAUUCGAAGAAUACCCUCUGAAUCAAGUUCUGAUGCACGUUCUGAAAAGAAAGAAAAAUCUUCGCGACACCGCGUUUCCGGAGCGGAGAAGAAGCUAUUAAAAGCAGAAGGUUUAUACAAAAGGUUGUUUGGGGAUUGGUCUGCACCACCUGUUGUUUAUGAUCAAAAUGACUUUGAUGAUGAGAGUUGGCUUUCUGGAACGAGAACGCAAGAUGUUCGCUGUGACAAGAGGAUCAGAAUUUCUCGCCAUGAGGAACCAGGCCAUGAAGCGUCUUCCUUUUGGCCCUGUGCUCGGAAUCUACCGGAGGCUGAUAUCUAUGCGUUACCCUAUACUAUUUUAUUCUGA